UUUUGAAUUGUUUGGACGAAACCUCCAAUGGAAACAUAUACUCAACGAAGAGAAAUAUCCCAUCAUCGUCAUCGUAAGAUACAAAGAGAAGAAAGGCGGAGAAGAUGGAGCUUUCAUCGCCGGAAUGGAAAGCGGAGGAGAUCGUCGACUUCAGGGCACCUCCGCCGUCUCCGGUGGCGUCAGGGCGGCGCUCCUCCGUCACCAAUGCGGAGGUUCUGUCUCAGUUCAUACAGAACUCGGUGAGAGUGCCUGACCUUGUCUUGCCCGACAAGGUCUUCCCCAAGCUGAGAUUCAUCCAGAACCCUCCCGCCAUCGAUUUUCUCCAGCUGGGUCCUGGAGAGACCGGCGUCGUCUCGCAGAUUCAGGAAGCCAUGGCUGCCGUCGGUUGUUUCCAGGUGGUUAACCAUGGAGUUUCCGAGGUGGCGGUGAAGGCGGCCAUGGCUGACGGAGAAGCGUAUGCAGCUCACUCGCUCCGACGACGACGACAGCCAAGACGAGUUCGUGUGGUCCGACGCCCAAAGCUUCAUGUCCGAAAUGGAGGGAUUUCGUCUUCCCGGAUAUUCCCGUUUCAGGGAAAGGGUCGGAGGAAUUCUGAUCACCACGAGGAAGAAGACGAAGUGAUGAGAAUGUUGAUAAGAGGGUUCGACCAUCCCCAUGCCCUCUCCCUCCAUUUCUGCGAGGGCUCUUCUGAAUUCCACGUCUACUCUAAAAAGGGUUGGAUCUGUUUCUGCCCUCUUCCCAAUGCUUUGCUCGUCACUCUCGGCGAUCAGCUUCAGGUAUGUAGUGGCGGGAAGUACAAGCAAGUGGUGGGGAGGGCGAUAUACAAAGGAGAUGGAGACGGUGGAGAUGAGCUUCGCAUUUCAAUGGCGUUUCUUUACUCAAGGGUUAAGAAGAGAGACGCAAGUGGAAGGAAUCAUCGUUACAAGCCUGAGAAGACCAUUUCCCUCAGACAACAGCUCCUCUUUGCCCUGUUUCUCUCUCUCUUCUUCCGCCUCUGUUACACCUUUCAAUUCUAAAAAUAUUAAAUUGAUGUCUUAAAAUUCCUAUGAUAUAUUUUUUUUUUGGGAGUGUCGGGUUCUUGUUUGUUUUGAUUCAUAAAAUUGCA